AUGGUUGCUAGACAAUUGGCCGAGUUCGUUGAGGCCCCACCUCUGGCGCCCGAGAUUCUUGCAAGAUACCCUACGAUCGAGCUUGACGCCAUUGAUUUGUCUCGUUUCGACGAAUCCCCCGAGGCGAGGAAAGAGCUUGCCGCGCAGCUCGAGAAAUCGGUCACUACCAUUGGUUUUUUCAACCUGAUCAACACCGGUCAUGACCCAAACAAGAUGCGGCGCUUACGUAACAUAGCACAGGCUUUGCUAGACAUUCCAGAGGCUGAAAAACUGGAGUAUUUGGCCGGUACAAGAUAUUCCGAUCAGGAGGAUAAGAGCAAAUCGCUAGGUGGUGAAAGAGGUCAGGGAUUCAAGCCCCGUGGAUACUGGUCCAUGGCCAAUGGAGUUCGUGAUGCUAUCGAACAUUAUAACAUGCGUGAUCUGACGCAGGACGACCGGUUGACCCCAGAGGCGAUCGCGAAACACCCUGAAAUACUCCGCGAGUACAUCUAUGAACUUGCUGAGUACUAUCGCUUUGUUCACAAUGAUUUGCUGAAAAAGACGUGCUCUCUGUGUGACAUCAUUCUGGAGCUGGAAGACGGCACCACAUGGAAGCAUUACGAUACCCACCAAGGCGACUACGAUAACAGUGGAAGCGGCUGGCUCAGAUUAAUGAAAUAUCUCAAGAUGAAUUCUGAUGACCAGCGCAAGGUUGACAACACGUUACUUAGAGGCCAUUCGGAUGGAACUGGGUUCACAUUCAUUGCUUCGCAGCCACUUCUCUCGUUGCAGGUGCGCGAUUACUACACGGGAGAAUGGAAGUACGUGACCCACCGCGAGAACUCGUUCAUUGUGAAUAUUGGUGAUGCCGAGGAGUUCAUGACUGGUGGCUACUUCAAGUCGUCAAUCCACCGUGUGGUGGCCUCGCCCAAGGAACAGGAACAAUACACCCGCCAGGUGAUAAUCUACUUCAGCACUCCAUCCAAGGUGACUAUUUUGGAUCCCGAAGAAGACGACUCUCCUAAACUCAAAAGACUUGGAUUCACAAAGCCUCCUGAAUGGGAUAAGAUCACUUUCAGAGAGUGGGACCAGGAAAAGGCCUCGCUAUUUGGAAAGAGCAAGGUCAACAACGUGACUGGUGAUGAGCCUGUUGCUGUUAAACUGUACGGUAGACUUCACGAGAGGUGGCACCAAGCUGAUAAAAAGGAUUACGUUAAGAUCAUCGAGUCUUAA